GUACCGUACCGUACCUUAGCCUGCCUGAGUGGAGGACCCGUGGCACUUCCACACUUGGAUUCAUGGAUAUUUUCCUCCAACCAAAACUCUGUUCUUGUAAAAACUUAGCCUGGAAACCAUAUCGUCCCCCGCGUUCUGGAACCACUCCAAUCAUCAUCUACACAACAGUGUUUUCUGAGUAUCUUUUGGGGUUCUUGUCUGGUAUUAAUAACCAUCAUGGUGCCUUCCGUCACUGCAUAUCGCAAUUUCCUGUACGCUCGCAUCCAGCCAUUGGUCCAUAGGUUAUGCCUUGCAUCAUGAAGACCUCGGUCGUUUCAUCUCUUUUCUUUUUCUCGGCUUCCCUUGUCGCCGGCGCCCCCAGUGGCAGGGCUCACAGCAAGCCACAAAGAAAGGCAGGGGCUUUCUAUCUUGCCGGUGACUCAACGACUGCUGGCGGUGACAACCCUGGAGGCUGGGGAGACGGGUUCCUCGAAACGUUACUCGGCGGUUCCAUUGGGACAAACUACGGACACAGCGGUGCUACUACCGCAUCCUUCUCUGCCGGAGGCGACUGGGCGACUGUGAUUGAGUCCGUCACUCGCUCUGCGGAGGAGUAUGAUACUUAUGUUACAAUCCAGUUCGGUCACAAUGACCAGAAGGCCACCUCCGGAGUCAGUAUCGAACAGUUCCAAGCCAACCUCGAGCGGAUGGUCUCUGAAGUGCGCUCUGCCGGUGGUACUCCAAUUCUCGUAACAUCCCUAUCCCGUCGCAAGUUCAAGAAUGGUACGAUCUCGCUCGACCUUGAAGACGUCGUCGAAGCCACCAAGGCCGCCGCGGCCACUUCCGGCGCCGCUUAUAUCGACCUGAAUUCGGCCUCGAUGGCCUACCUCAACGCCAUUGGUGAGGAGAAGGCCAUGACAUACAAUCUCGCACCGGACGACCGUACGCACUUGAACACGGCUGGAAACGUCCUGUUCGGAAACAUGGUCAGCUGGUUGCUUACUACUACAUGUAGUAAAACUAUCCCGGCGAAGCUCGCCGCUCACUUGAAAGCUUAUACUGCUUCCCGAGAGGAUAUCGUGGCAGCUUUUGAGAGUGGAGAGUAUAUCCUGCCUGACGCAUAGGAUAGGGGGUGGUGUGAAGCGGAGUAUGAUUAGGGUUAGGGUUAGAGGGUUAUGCCAAACUUACCUGAUCC